AUGGCCACCGAGAAGAAAUACUUCACCAUGCUCGAAAACCACCCCGAAGUCUUCACCACCCUCGCUCACACCCUCGGCCUCCCCCCUUCCAUCACCUUCCACGACAUCUACUCCUUCUCCCCCCCAGCCCUCGCCCACAUCCCCCGCCCCUGCCUCGCCCUCAUAGCCAUCAUUCCCCUCACCCCCUCCUGGGCCCUCGACCGCCAAUCCGAAGACGCCCGUCUCGGCGACCCCAAAACCUACUACCACGGCAACAGCAACCCCUCCUCCUCAGCCCCCAUAAUAUGGUUCCAACAAACCAUCGGCGACGCCUGCGGCUCCUACGCCCUCCUCCACUGCUCUAUCAACGGCCCCGCCGCCUCCCUCAUCCAUCCCGGCAGCACCCUCGAUCAAAUUCGCAAGGACGCAGCCCCGUUGCCAAGAGAAGAACGUGCAGAAUUAUUGUACGACAACAAGGCAUUUGAAGAGGCCCACCAAUCCGUAGCGGCAAUGGGCGAUACCGCCGAGCCAAGAGACAGGUCCGUAGGGCUAGGCCAACAUUUCGUCGGUUACGUCAAAGCAAACGGACGGCUCUGGGAGUUGGAAGGGAGCAGAGAGGGUCCGUUGGACAGGGGUGAGCUAGGGGAUGACGAAGACGUCCUAAGCCCCAAGGCGUUGGAGUUAGGUCUGGGUAGGAUAAUCAAGUUGGAACACGAGUCUGGUGGGCAAGACUUGAGGUUUAGUUGUAUUGCCAUGGCACUGAAAGAUGAGCAAUCCGAGUAG